UCAAUGUUAGUAAUUAUUACUAUUUGAAAAAUGUUAUUGCAAGCUCUUAUAUGGCUUCUUAUGUGUCUUGUUCUUCUAUUUCUUGGCUUUAGAUUCCUGGGAAAGAAACAGAAAGGAAAGUAAUAAUGGAUAGUGAGGUGAUAAUUGUAGCAGUUGAUGCUAGUAAAGAAAUCACAGAUUAUGCACUAGAAUGGGCAUUUCGAAAUGUAACAAAGGCUAUGGAUUCUUUAACCAUACUUGCAUUGCUUCCAUGUCAUAGACGUUCACGUCCUCCAUCUUCUGCAAAUCACUUGCUUUCUUGUAGGUUUCCUUUUUUCUUUGAAGAAAAUGGUGGUGGUGGACACAAAAAUUUUUGCUUGCUCAUUUCUAGGCCUGCUAAGGAAAUGGGGAUUUGGGGAUAGGGACAAGGUGAAGAAUGCAUCAGAUGAUAAUGGCUUCAAUAAAACAGUUCAACAGGAUUCAUUCCGACGAAUAAACAACGUCUGUAUGCAGAUGAUGCAGCAACUGUGCUUAUCCCAUGAUAAGCAAGUUCAUACUCAAGUGAAGAUUGUAGCUGAUGCAAAACUAGGAGCAGGGGCCACAGAAGCCAGAGAGCUGGAGGCAAACUGGGUAAUCUUAGAUAGGGUUGUCCAUUGCUUGAGAGGAAGGUGAUCGAUGCGAUUAUAGACCCUCAACUAAAGCAAAAUUACGAGGAGAAAGAAGUAGAAUGUAUGAUGUAUGCUGCCAGCCUAUGCAUCUCACCAAACCCAGAAAAAAGAUCAAGAAUGUCCAAGGUCACUAAAUACCCACAACCUUGUCUCUUUCCAUUACUGGAUAUUUUCUGUUUCCUUUUGUAUCAGUUGGUCUUCUACAGAAGUAUGGAAGAGCUUUGCAGCCAGGCAUUUUUUAUUGGAUACAUUGGGCAUGAAAAAUGAAAAUAGUUGGGUCGACCGUAUUAGUUCCAAAUGUGAGAAUUAUUAAGUCAGGGGAACUAAUGAUAUAUUAUGAAUUAUACACCGUAUCCACAGUAGCGGAUCUAACUCCACGUUGAGUUGCCCGGGUGUUGGGCGGAGCUCUCGAGAGGCGAAUUUUUGUUUAGAACUAUUUUGUCUCUCUGUAUUUUCUCUAGACAUAUAAAUAUAUAAUAUUCUUGUAGUGUUUUCUGUUUGAAAAUUCAUAGACAAAUAAGAAAAUCCUAACCGGACGUAAUCAAAUCGGUAAAUCAUGUUAAACAUGCGUGUUAUAACGUUCUAUAUUCUAUAUUGAAUGCUGCAGGUAUUGAAAAUAUUAGAAGGAGAUAUUCCACUGACUUGGCUUGUAAUUAUGGACGACACUCCACCAGUUACUUGAAGCAAUAUGCGAACAACCUCUUUGUUACAGAGAGUCCAGUGAUUCCAUCGCUUGAUCAUAGCCCUUCUUUAAUUCUGAUGCAAACAAUGCAUUAUAUGAACCUAAGCCCAUCCGGAAAAAGCAUGGACAGAAACAAUGGCACAUUCAAGACAUUAGUACCUUUUAAAGAAGACGAAACUGUAAGAGGUGUUCAGGAAUUGAAACAACCUGAAUCAAACAUCAGUGGGGAAUAUCAAGCAUAUUUACAAGGGUCACUGGCCACAUUUAUUCAGAACCUUAAUGGACACUGAAAAACUAUGAGGUUUUGCAAGUAAAAGUCUUCACUUUGUAUUUUCUCAGCAUUUUCACCAUGGCAGGU